AUUGUCUGUAAGUCGUUUUGGCUUUUGUUCAACAGGAAAAAACAGAACAAGAAGAAAUCCUCAACAUAAUGAGUUAUUCACAGCGGGGACGAAUGGAUGAACAGCGUUGUGAAUUGGGUCCUGUUAAAAAUGGACAAAUCAAAAAUACGAGAGGUUCGGUCAGCAGAUGCAAACAUGUCACCUGUAUUGUUUGUGUCCUUUUGUGUAUUGAUUGUUUCACUCCCGCUCCCCACAGAUUCACACCAUGAGGAAUUCUCUCAUAACUUGGACAACAAAAAGGGACAACACCUUCAUGACCCACGUGUGUCACUGCCAGGGUUUAACCACCAGGAACCUGGGAGUAAUAAACAUCAUGGCUCUGCACCUCAGAUUUCCGUGACAGAGAGUAGUCCAGAUAGAAACAGAAAGGUUCUGCUGGUACCAGCCAACCAAUUACAAGUUCCCUCUCAGGGUGAAAAUUCUGUAAAGGCAGAAUUACCUGAUGAGCAACAGAGGUUCAUGAAUAUUAUCAGCCAUGGCCAGCGUGGACGCAUGGAUGACCAGCGCUGUUCCUUGGAUUUUAGCAAGAGUGCUCCCUGCACCCCCAAACACACAGAUAGAAAGUCCCCAAGUAUAGUAAACUCAGGUCCAGAUUCUGAAAUGUUCUUCAACCUCCUGGCCAACACCCAGAGCCAACGGCUUGAUGACCAGCGAGUAUCUCUUCCAUCAUUACCAGGAUUACGGAAUGAAAAUGCCACAUCUGCUUCUGCUUCUGCUUCUGCUUCUGCUUCUGCUUCUGCUUCUGGAGGAGAUUCAGGCUACUUGUGUUACAUGGUCUCUAAAGUCCAGGGUUCCAGAAUGGAUGACCAAAGGUGUUCUCUACCUCAAAUCCCAGCGAACCAGUGUUCAUCAAAACAGGAUAAGUCUGCAUCUGAUUUAGGCCCUGCACGGUCAGCCUCCUUCAGCCCCAGCUCAGACAUAGAACGACUGAAGAGUCAAGAUAAAGCAUCUCAAAAACAGGCCUUGAAUCCAGCUGAACAGGAAGAUUUUUUUAGCUUAAUGAGUCAUUCCCAGCGUGGACGAAUGGAUGAACAGCGAUGUGUCUUGAAUGUUAGUCCCCAGUCCAAAACCCAACAAAAGCCCAGUCAGAGCACAGCGCUCAAAGGUCCAGAUUCUGAAAAGUUCCUCAACCUGCUGGCCAACACUCAGGGCAAACGGCUCGAUGAUCAGCGGGUGUCUCUUCCUUCAUUGCCAGGGAUACAGAAUGGAGGUACCACAUCAACAUCUACUGCUGCAGAGAUGGAUGCAAGCUACUUGUGUUACAUGGUCUCCAAAGUCCAGGGUUCAAGGAUGGAUGAACAGAGAUGUUCUGUAACCCCAGUCUCUACCCCAUCUGCUCAGCACAAAGAUCAUCCCAUUUCAGACAGCUCUGAUAAACAUUCCCAAAUGUCUGCCUCCUUAAACCGUGCCAAAACUGACCAAAAUCAACAGGAGGCAUCUCCAGCUGAGCAGGAGCAGUUUCUUAAAAUGCUAAGUCAUGCACAAAGUGGACGUAUGGAUGAGCAACGUUGCUCUUUACAACCCAACAGAAGCACACCUGUCACGCCCACACAUAAUGGAAGUGCUUUAAAUAAUGUACCCACAGGUGCAGAUGCUGACGCAUUCUUCAAAAUAAUUUCCUCCAGUCAGGCACGACGGUUAGACGAUCAGCGUGUUGCACUUCCUACCCUGCCAGGGAUAAGUGGGAAUGCCGAAAGAAAACAGAAUGGUAGAAAUACAAAGACUGGAAUCCCCGCUUCUCCAUCACACACUGCAGUUGCUGAAAGUGCACUGGCACCAUCAAAGAAAGACUGUUCUGACUCCCCUAGAGCCAUACCCAAAUCUGCUUCAUUUACCCCUGAGACAGAAUAUCAGAAGAAGCAAAAUUCUCCAGCACAGUUGACAGUGAGGGUGUCCAUGACCUUCACACCACAGCAGGGACAGAAGGAUGUCGACCAACCAUGUACAUUCCCAGAAGUCUUCCUCACACUAGGAGCCCCUGGAGAUAACAUUGUGAUCCCUCUGAGCCCAGUGACUGACAGGCCUGUGUCUUUUAACUUAAACCUUGUCCCAAAAGAAGAUGUUAAGUCUAGACAUUGCUCUCCAAGCCAUGCAAGUCCUAGAAAAGCCCACUCAAGGCCAUCAUCUCCCAACCCAGGAGCAACCAGUGAAGCCCAUGCUGAAACGUCAUGCCCACAUGAACAGUGGAAGCUUGUGACCAGCCCUAUCAGUGCAGAUGAUGACUGCUUCUCCCUCAUUGAGAAAGUUCACACAGCUCAGCUGCAGAAGAUUCAAGGAGGACAAAAAUGGAAGGGGGAACAAGGAAGGGGAAAAGGGGGUGGAAAGAAAGACAAGAAGGAUGGUGGCAAUAAACAAUAGUCGGAUAUUCCACAUUGUAAAUGAUCUAUUUAGGAAAUGAUAGAGAUAGCAUGUGAGGUGUCCGUAACUGACUUGGAAUAUAAUUGAGUGAAUAAUACAUUUGAAAUUGUAAUUGUAGUUUACAUGUGCCCACACUAAGUAGAAGCUCUUGCUUGAGUAGAAAUUAUUCUUUUUUUUUUUUUUUUCAGAACUGGGUUGGUUACUUGAUGAAAUGUUUUCCCUUCUUUGCUAGUUAAAUGUUCCAUAUACAAUAUACAAUAUAUAUAAAUCAUACUCAAUGUAAAUGCAAUGUAUACAGUUAAGCUUACUGCUUUAGAUGCUUAUCCAAAGAGAGAAAUUUUAGGUAGGUUGGAAUUCAACACUGGCAAACUGUGUAAAAUUGGCAAAAUAUGUAAUAAACCUGCAAUUGCCAAUUCAUGUUUGCUCUUGAUUUUUGAACCAUAUAAUUGACAAAUGAGCUAACAGCCUACUUGUAAUAUUUUCUAUAAUUAUAGAGUUAUCAAUUUAAUACAACAACACUGGGCACAGCUGUU